GCAGUUUAUUGUCAAUUGGUUUGUAGACUGGUUUGCACCAUUUGCGCUCCUUCCCAAUCUGUCCCAUGGCUGAGGUAUACUGGAUAACUGAAGUCCUCCUCCGAGACAAACCUUUUCCCAAACACUUUCCCUCAACCAAAUUCUUCCAUUUAGCAGACUUCUCUAUCAUUAUCUCUCCAGCAUUGUUCUUGUUCAACCUAGAGAUUAUGUUCCGGUCAUCGUCUUCACCCUCCUCUCAAGGCGUCUUGGUCGGCACAAUCUCAACAUACCACCGAUCAACCGGAGAGUAUACCGAUCUUCUCCCCAUCUACAGCAACCAAACAAUCAACGUCGGUAAAGCAAAGCAUUGCGAAUACUACGUCACUGGCCCUGGCAUCUCAAGGAGACAUCUGAAGAUCGAAACAAUCAUUUACGACCGCGAGAAUCUCGACGACGUGCCUCCACUUGUCUACGCCGAAUGCAAAAGUGUGCAUACUACCAUCCACUGGAAUGGGUUUCCCAUGGACACGGCUAGGCGCAAGGUCCUGCUCGCCGACGGCGAUAUCCUCAAUCUGAACGGCGAGAUCUGCCUCAUCUUCAACCAUCACAACCGCAACGCCCACGAUACUGGCCCCGGUGAGACCCAAUCCAGGGAAAUAACGCUUAUGAGUUGCGAGCUCCAGAUCACACGUCGCAAAUUAGGGUCCGGGGGUAACGGCACCGUUUACAUGGCCUAUCGACGAGACAACGGGCGCCAGAUGGCGUGCAAGGUUGUCAAUAUUCAGUCGAUCAGAGACCGGAUUACCAGAGAGAAGAGGUUGAAUGGGAAGCUGGACGCCAUGCGGCAGGAGGCUUUGAUCUUGAAGGAUAUCUGCCAUGUAGGUGCAAAUGCCAUUCACAGAGAGCUCAUCGCUGGAGGAGACCUCUUCUCCUAUAUUCAAUCCAACAGUGGAGCAUCUCUGUUUAUGAAGUCCGUGUGUUUCGUACGCCAGAUUCUGAUGGCUGUCGAUUAUCUCCAUGAUCAUGACAUCGUCCAUCGUGAUUUGAAGCCUGACAACAUACUCCUGACGGAGCGGGACCCACACUAUAAGGAUGUUCACCGGGUUGUCCUUAUUGAUUUUGGCAGCGCCACUCGCGUGCAACCAGAAGAGCCGAUGUCCACAAUAGUGGGUACCGUGCCGUAUCGGGCUCCCGAGUUAUCCGGGGGUUCCUACACCAAAGCUAUCGAUAUGUGGUCCCUGGGCUGCGUGACGAUGGCCCUCCUUACCGGACAAUGCGCACCCGAUGAUUCACGUUCAUGGGGUGAAUUACUUGCUCAAGAGGGCGAUGAAGGCCAGCACAGGUUAGAGGCUCUCUUCCAGCAGCAUAGUAUAGGAGGCCGGCCCAAGAAGUUCAUCCGUCGUCUUCUCGAGCCGAACCCAGCAACGCGUAUGACCGCCAAGCAGGCUUUGCAGGAUGAUUUGUUCACAAAUCUUUCGCACAAGAAAUGCUUUGGGGAUCUUUAUGAUAAGGCAAUCAAGAACUGGACCGAGCGGGUUCCGGCUGACCCAAUCGUUGAGCUCUCUUACUACGGUCAGACAGGAUCUGAAAAUGAGUCAAAGGGUCCCGAUGAACUUGAGAAAGGGUGGGAUCAUCUGAGCGAGAUACGCACAGGCACAGAGGAUGACGGUGUAUCGUGGUGUAGCUCAGAUUCGGAGGUUCUCAUAUGUCAUCCGGAGCCGUCACCGACCUUGUCCGAUCCGGUGCUUCCACCGAUGAGGCUUGGGAUGAAGAACGACUGCUAG